UUAUUUUUAUUGGAAUAACAUCAUUAAGUAUUAUAAAAGGUUUACUAAAUUGCAUUUUAUUCUUGGUUGCCAAUUUUCCAUCUCUAAUUGCCAUCGUUGCCCAAUCGAUGGUCAUCUGACAGCUGACUACCACCACUUUUAUAAAAGGUCGCGGCAACGUAAAAAAUAGUAAACAAAUUAAGAACUGAAUUAAAAUGAAUAAUAGAAAUAUUAAACCGCUGCCGAAGAAGCUGAGCGUCUCUAAGAAACCGGCGGUCAAAGUGGACUCGCCCUUGGCCAAGUAUGACUCGUCAGGUAACCUGACAUGUAUUAUUUGCAGGAUCCCCAUCAAGGCCACGGUCUGGAAGGUGCACAUCAAUUCCAAGCAACAUAAGCUCAAUGUAGAUCAAGCCAAGAACAAUAAAGUCGAAAAAUCGGUAACCAAACCGACAACUCCAGCUCCCACUUUCACGCCCGCUGCAAAGGAAGCUUCCGCUCCAUCUUCCAAGGCGCCUCCUUCAGUGAAAACCAGCUCACACCAGGAGAAGCAAUCUGCGAUAAGUCAGGAUACGGGUCCUCAAAUAAGCCACGAAAAGACUGAACAGGCCAAUGCGACUGAACCUGUUACUGAGGGGUUGCCUGAAAAGUUUUUCGACGAAGAUAAAUCUAGCAAAGCGGAAGCAACUCGAAUCCAGGACGAGGAAUGGCAACGGUUUCAGCAGGAGAUUAAGAAGGCUUCCACAGAAUCUAGUGUCAUCGUUGCCGACGAGCAGGAGGACAUCAAUCUCAAAAGGCAACUAAAAGAAAUAGACGAGCAAAUUGAUAAUUGGAAGAGAUUCAUAAAGAUAAAUGAUCAGAAAACUAUUCUCCUGGGUAAAAAGCGGAAGAUCAAUAUCAAAAAGGAAAUAGAUCCUGAGUUAAGUUCAAGCGAAGAAGACUGUAGUGUAGAUGAUUUGUACGAUUGGAGAAGCAAAAAUUUACAAACAUAAAUAAAAAUUUAAAACUCAAAAA